AUGUGUCUAGUGCGGUCAACGUCAGCUUUUAUGUGCGGAGAAUUAGCUCGCUCCACCCACGCCGCAACUGGUGAAAAGGUCAUUCACGACUUCUACUCAGAUCUCUUCAACAGUCACGUUCACUUGCCUCCUCACCAUCUGAGGGAAGGUGUCACUCCAAAGGUCCUCCCUUCCGAAGUCCGACAUGCCAUUAUGUCGGUGAAGAAUCGUACUUCAUUCGGUCUCGACAGAAUCAAGCUUGAACAUCUGGAGUACCUACCGCCAGUCCUCAUCAACACACUGGCGAGGCUCUUCACUUGUUAUCUGUCGGAAUGUAAGGCUCCUAAGCAAUGGGAAACCAGCAAGACCGUGCUAUUGUAUAAAAAGGGAGACCCACAAGACAUCGGCAACUAUCUUCCAAUUUGCUUACUGUCUGUCAUCUACAAGCUCUUCACAAGAGCAAUCCUAAGCAGGAUAGAAAGAACAGUAGAUGAAGGACAGCCAUGCGAGCAAGCAGGGUACCGGAACGGGUUCAGUACGAUUGACCACGUACACAUGGUUUCAAAACUGAUAGAAGUAUCGCGAGAGUACAAGAUGCCGCUGAGUCUCACUUUCAUCGAUUUCAAGAAAGCCUUUGAUACCGUUGAGAACGAAGCGGUCAUGGAGGCCUUGGACAACCAAGAGAGGGGUGACACAAUUUCACGCAAAAUAUUCAGUGCCACUCUCGAGAACGCGAUGCGAGGAUUGGAAUGGGACGACAUGGAGGUGAAAGUUGACAGCCGGCAUUUACACCAUCUUAUUUUCACUGAUGACAUUGUUCUUAUAACAACAAGCAUCAAUCAGGCGGAACGGAUGCUGUCCGAAUUUGAUGAAAUGUGUAAAAAGAUUGGUUUCCGGCUGAACCUAGACAAGACGAUGUUUAUGAAGAACGGAUGGGUUUCUGAUGCCCCAUUCACGCUCAACGGACGAACAUAUCCGAAUGUUCCAGCUAUGUACAUCUAG